CUAGCUUCAGCGAGUUACCCACAUCUGUCUGUCUGGCAACAUGUCCUACAACUGCUCCACAAGGAAUUGCUCUUCCAGGCUGAUUGGGGGACAAUACACUGUCCCCGUGACCCCUGUUGUCACAGCUUCUACCCAGGAUGCUGACUGCCUGAGUGGCAUCCAUUUGCCCAGCUCCUUCCAAACUGGCUCCUGGCUCCUGGACCACUGUCAGGAGAUCUGCUGUGAGCCCACUGUUUGCCAGCCAACGUGUUACCAGCAAACUUCUUGUGUUUCCAGCCCUGUCCAGGUGACCUGCUCUCGACAAACCAACUGUGUCUCUAAUCCCUGCUCAACUGCCUACAGCCGGCCGCUCUCCUUUGUCUCCAGUGGCUGUCGGCCCCUGGGCGGCAUCUCUACUGUGUGCCAACCAGUGAGAAGCGUCUCCACUGUCUGCCGGCCAGUGGGAGGAGUCUCCACCAUCUGCCAGCCAGCCUGCGGGGUCUCCAGGACGUACCAGCAAUCUUGCGUGUCCAGCUGCCGAAGAACUUGCUAAGUGUGCAGGAGCCAGUGAGCGAAUCAAGCCUCUAUGACCUGUCAGCUGUGUUUCCAGGAUCUUCCAACAUGCUGUCUGUCCCUGAAGAAUUCUUCAUUGCUGACUGCUAUUCUAACUGCCUGAUUGCUGGCUGCCAGCCCUGAAUAAGCUGCCUUUGGCCAUCUAAGAGUUUCCUGGCCAGCACCAAUCUUAUUUUAAGGGUUUGAUCACCGGUGGCACGUAUACCUCUGGAUGUUUCCAGAAAUUUACCACCCACGCGCAAGUCUCUAAUGGUUUUGGCACGUCUUGACCUUUCUGCUUUGUCUGGCUUCUGGCUUCUGUUUUUGUGCCUCUGAAAAAGGGAACUUGUCUCACUCUGUGUUUCUCAAUAAACCUUCAUUGCUUGGCAUUGCAAA